CCAGCCACGACGCCUCACGACGCCUGCCCAACCGCACCUCAAGAGACUUGUGGUCUAUCUCAGCAGAUCUACUGCGCGCUCGACCGCCUCUUCUCGAACCUGCGUGUCUCUGGGGCAUGCAACUUGGCCAGGCGAACUCGGGCUCGCGCGAUGCGCAUCUAACAUGACGAGCGUGGGAUGGAAGGGACAGCAAGACGAAGGACGAGGAGGGGCGGCAGAUUGAAUGACGAAUACGAGGAGAGGGAUGACCAUAGCAAGGGUGCGCACAACAGCUUUUCCCUAGUGCUGCCCGUGCGCCCGUGCGACCCGGCAUAUCGACGAACAGUCAAUUCAUCGCGCCUACUCGCCACCGGCCAGUGUGCCUGCUCGUCUGGUUAUCCGCAGCCUUUUGAUGGUCUGCUCACUCGUUCGCCGGCAUUUACCCACUCGCUCGCUCUGCCUAUCUACCUACUCGCCUGCCCCUUCCUCACUCAUAUGGAUGCCUUUUUGCCUGCCGCAUUGUUUGCCCUCCCGCCUGCCUCUUCGUUCGACUAGUACCCGGCACUUGUUGACCUCCUGAUCAUAGUUCUACUCUGUCUGCACAACCAUCUUACCCCCCGUCAGGUCCCCGCCACACUCCU